GCGGGAAUUUUCAGCUAUUAAACCCCCUGCUAACUGUUUUGUUGAUUAUUGUCUAUUUAUGUUGGGCAAAUCUCGUUAUAAAUUAUCAUGGUCAGGAGCGCAGAUCAGCUCACCCGUGAAACUCAAUUUCUUGAUCUCUCUCUCUCUCACUCUCUCUCUCUUUCACUUCAACUCGCUUCAAGACUUGACAUCGCUCGCCGAGUUUGACGAAACUCGCUCGCGCGCCUCGACUCAGUUUUCUUUAUCUUUAAGGGCCGCGGAAAUGGAUGUGACGAAUGGAUUAGAGACCCCGGUGGAAACACUCUAUGGAGAAAUCGAAUCGUUUUUCCAGUCAGCUCCUCCUUUGAAGGACAGCGAUAAUAUCAACCAGAAAUUGGACCAAUUCCUUGAGCUGAAUUCUUCAUCAGCAGCUGACGGAGGAUCAAGGAGGAUUGUAUGUGUCACCGCUGGUGGUACGACAGUCCCUUUGGAGCAAAGAUGUGUUCGUUACAUUGAUAAUUUCAGCUCAGGACACAGAGGAGCAACAGCCACCGAGUACUUUGUCAAGGCUGGAUAUGCCGUUAUAUUUUUAUACCGGAGGGGGAGCUACCAGCCAUAUUGUAGCUGCCUUCCAGAUGAUCCGUUCCUUGAAUGUUUCAAGCUCACAGAUGAAUCAAAUGUUCAAGUGCGUGAAGCAUAUUCUGAAGCAGUGAAGAGAGCCAUCAGGGAUCACCAUGCUGCGGUAGCUGAAGGUUUCCUUUUAAAGCUUCCCUUUACAACCAUAUUUGAAUAUCUUCAGAUGUUACGGAUGAUUGCAACUGCAUUGAAGAGUUUUGGGCCACGGGCCGUGUUCUUUCUUGCAGCUGCUGUUUCUGAUUUUUAUGUUCCAUGGAAAGGCAUGGCAGAGCAUAAGAUUCAGUCAGGAUCUGGCCCCUUGGACAUGCGACUUGUCCAAGUCCCAAAGAUGCUUUCAGUACUGAGAAAAGAAUGGGCUCCCAUGGCUUUUUGCAUAUCAUUCAAGCUUGAGACCGAUUCAAAGAUUCUUCUAGAGAAGGCUGGUAUGGCUCUCCGGAAAUAUAAAAUGCAUGUCGUUGUGGCAAAUGAGCUCUCAACCCGAAAAGAGGAGGUUGUAGUUGUCACGGCUGAUGAGAAAAUUUUAGUUCAGCGAGACAAAUUUCAGGCUGGUUCUGAUGUAGAAAAACCCCUUGUUGAACUUCUGGUGGAAAGACAUUCCGGUUACAUCAAAGAUUUUCAUACAUGAUCUCUUAUGGAACAAUGUGAAGGAUGCUCCUGCAACUACCACUGUUCAUUUAUUGGGUAUCAUUUUCUCUCGCCUUUUUGCUCAUUGUUACUGAGAGGUAUGCAGGUCUGAUAUUUAUGCUUCCGCAAAGAUGCUUCUUUUUCCUCUGUUUACUGGAACCCAGUGACAAAUCUCCUACCUUUAGAGUGGGAAGUGCGAAAUGGUUAUACAAGGAAAGUCUUGAGUAACAACAAACACUUACAAUGUUAGAAGUGAAGUGGGAUAAUUUGGGGACUUUAACUGGGAUUGAAUUGAUGAGAAAUAAGGGAAAUCAGUUGUAUGAAUGUGUCAGCCGUAUAAUAAAAGAAACUUAAUGAUGUAACAUGUAGGGAAAACAUUUUCUCAAUAUAUAAUUUUAUGUAUGAA